GAAACCAUGGAAAGAUGGUCUAAACCCAACUGGGUUGGCACCAGAAAUUAUAGUGAGAAUCUUCUGUGCCAUUACUUGUUCAGUGAUGGCUCCGCUCAAUAUGUUUUCCUGGAUUUGGUUGAUGAAGGGUCUGCCGUUGUGAACCGAUCCCUGAGUUUUUGUACUACAAGAAAUCUACACGUUUGUGCUUCUGCCAAUGGUUUGCUUCUGCUGUCAAGUGUUCAGGAUAACCAGGUUUGGCUUUUGAUGGAUUUCGCUAUCAAGUUGUACGAGUAUUCAGCGUUGACGUUGAAGAAGAAUGUGCCCCAGAGUCGUCGUCAGCCGCAGUUCCUCCAACUGGAAGUGAUGGUUUUCUAGAAAUGGAGAUCUUCUCAUCUGAAACUAACAUAUGGAGACGAUACAGGCCUUUAAUUCGUCUGCCACCUGAUCUUCCCAAGCUCGACAUGUCCCCUCUCUUUGCAAACGGAGCUAUUUAUUGGGAACUGGGUGGAUACUUACUGGUUUAUCAUGUCAAUCAUGGGCUCUGUAGGGUGAUUGAGCUGCCAAACUAUCCCCAAAGAUGGUCUUGGAAUUCUCUGACUUUUGGGCAAUGUUUG